AUGGUACUCCAUCGCUGCUCGCUGCCCGGUGCCUUCCGGGCGGACGAUUCCGAAACCCACCUACCACCGAACCUUCCGGGUACUUCGCUCUACACUCGGUUCCUAAAGUUCCUACGCUCCACGCUGCUCGUCUCACCAGACCAUCCGGAAACGCGCAAUUACUACCGCAGCAGGACGAAGAUAUCGGCUGAAAAUGAGCGUCUCGUGCACCAUCUACCACCGUUCAUCGUUCAUCCGUUCAGCAUGUUCCGGAAGUGCUGGGAAUCGGUGGUGUUCCUCGCCCUCACGCUCCAUCUACUGACACUCGCGUUUCUGGUUUCCUUCGCGAUCAAUCUAGAACGUUCGACGUUGCUGUUACUGCAGCUGUUCGACAUUCUGCUCUGCCUGUUACUUGCGCUGGAGUUUGUGCUCCUGCUGGUUACCGGCUAUGUGUGCGAAGGUGAGAUUGUGCUCGAGUUUGGUAAGAUUGUGCGCCACCGGUUACGGUGCUGGACCAUCGGGAAUCAGAUCCUGCUUUUCCUGCCGUACGUACUCGUCCUGGAUGAGUUGGUGAUCGCGUUCUAUCAGGAUGCAGUCCUUGUGUAUCUCUGCCUUCUCGUUUACCUUUACCUGCUGUGUGUCUGGCGCUUUCGAAGCAUCAAUGCGUACUUGGAUACUUUUGCCAAGGGAUGGCUUAAAUUAUCGCUUAAGCAACUCAACUUUAUCAAACCCAUUCUGAGUACACUUUACGUGCUACACUGGACGGCCUGUCUGCUGUACAUCGCUCCCAUGAUGGCCUUAUCAUUGCUGCGCGAAGAUCAACACGAAGCACACAUGCUGGUGGAUGUCCUGUGGUCGUACGAUCAGCACCGAGAUGCGUCGCUCUAUCCAAUAAGCCAUCGGAACCGGCUGGAGGUCGAUGACGUACGGCAGUACCUAGGGGAGCAGCUCGCCCGCCAGCUACUGGAAGAUGAGGUCGAAACGGAUAGUAGAGCUUUUCUGCAAGCCAGACUCAACGAUAUGCACUACUACGUCAGCGUGGCGUAUCGUUAUCUUCGAGCACUGAUGAUCACCCUCAAGGUUGGUCUGCAAGGUGGCCACUCGCUUUCCGUGGGUCAUCAUUUUCUGCACGAAUGGAUUCAAUCGCUGCUGCUGCUCGGUGGAUGGAUUUGGUCGACCUAUAUCCUGCUGCUACUCAUCCGCUCGAUUAUGCUGGAGGACGCCAGCAGUACCCAGUACGACGAGGUACUGAAUGAGAUCAAUGCGUUCUGCAAAAAGAAGCACCUCAGCCGGUCGCAACACCGUAAACUGUGCCGCCAUUUUGCGUACCACUACCGGAUGCAUUACUUCGACGAGCGGGCAGUCUUGGCACACACGUCCGGCAAUCUGCGGCGCCAGGUACUAAUGGAUGUGACACAGGCCGCUUGUCUGAACCGGUCCGAGAUAUUCCGUGACCUGCCCGCCUAUCUGCUCGAGGACAUCACCGAGCGGUUGAGAUUCGAGCUGUUCCUGGAACAGGACACGAUCACGACGGCCGGCAACACGGCGGACGCGAUGUAUUUUCUGGCUUGUGGAACCGCCGCCGUCUACACACCGGACGGGGUGGAGCUCGGUCAUAUGGUGGACGGUGCCAACUUUGGGGCGGUGGCCCUGUUCAGAAGAGACGCUCGGCACAUGGUGAGCGUGGUGGCGCUGGAGGUGUGCGAGGUUUACUGGUUGGAACCGGGUGACUUUCAGGAGCUGAUGAAACCGCACCCCUAUCUGUGGGGACAGAUGGUGAAGCAGGCCGAGAAGCGGAUUAAAGAGGCGGCACUGUGCGUCAGAACGGCGAGCGAGGACCAGUACUAUGACACCUUCAUGUACUAA